UCACCUUCAACCAAUAGGAAAGGAAUUGGGAAGAAUAGUUGUUUCAGUUGGUACAUCUGUACGGAAGUAUUCUUUACUUCAUUAUUACUGGAGGAGUAUGAAGCGCUUUCUAUGGAGGGGUUAUUCAUGUUUUAUUCGGGAAAAAACGUAUUGUCAACUUAAAUUCCGUGAAGCAGCUGUUGUUGACAAUUUUAAUGGUAACUUUGCAUAUCCGUUUUGUAACUGCACAGAAGAAAAAUCCGGAUUUGUUAAGGGGACAAUAUGCGAUGGAACUGAAAUUGACUGGAACGUAAACAUAUAUAUAGCACAAGGGUAUGAUAACAGUUAUGUGCUUAACAAGCAAUUGCGCUCGCGUCAUUUCGAGACAAUACCCUUAAUGACGCAAACAGAUACUUUUUAUUGCACAUACGAAUACAAUGUGACCGAAUAUGGUGAGUUCUUUCAUUGUAAAAGAGACGACAAAGCCAUACCAAUGUCGAUGAUGUGUAUAUAUGCCGUAGAUGUCAGCGGUUACAUGACUGGAUGCAGAUCUGGAGAUCAUUUACAACAUUGCGAAAAUUUCACUUGUCCGGAAAAUACAGUCAAAUGUCCAGGAAGUUAUUGUAUUGAACAACGAUUUCUUUGUGACGGACAUCAUGAAUGUCCUGGAGGGGAAGAUGAACAAGACUGUACUUGCGGAGACUCGGAUAGAGAAGUAAUCUUAUUUGUGGAAAAUGAUGACUCUGAGAGCAGGGAAGCAGCAACGCAUUUAGCAAAACAAUUUUUCACAAACAAUGACAAUAACACCGUAAGAUUGUUUUAUUUUUAAAAUUCUGCAUAGAGAAAUGAAGUUUGACAUAGAUUACAGGUUAUUGGAAAUAAACAUAGAACGUG